UCCCAGGAUGCUGAGCACGGGGACGGUGGUGUGGGCGGUGCUGCUGUGCCUGCCGGCAGCCUGGCUGACGAAGGCCGACACCUGCCGGGGGCCCACCCUCAUCCCAGGCAUCCCGGGCAUCCCGGGCGCCCCGGGCAUCGAUGGCCAAGAUGGAACGGAAGGGCAGAAGGGCGAGCGAGGUCCUCCCGGGAGUUUUGAAGAGAACCGAGAUUCUGGUGAGCUAGGCGAGCCAGGCGAGCCUGGGUACCCGGGGAAAGCUGGGCCCCGGGGCCCAGCUGGUUCCAAAGGGCCGCCUGGUCCUCCUGGCCCCCGUGGGCCCAAAGGGGAAUCCGGCGACUCCAAGGCCUCCCUCAAGGCCGCCUUCUCGGCAUCCCGGGGCGUCUCCAUAACGCCGCGGCGAGGGCAGCCCGUCCGGUUUGACCGCGUCAUCAUCAACGUCAACGGGAACUACGAGAACCGCUACGGCCGCUUCAGCUGUGAGAUCCCGGGGGUGUACUACUUCACCUACCACGUCACCUCCCGGGCCCACUUGUGCAUCCACCUCAAAAAGGGCCAAGGCAAUGACCGAGGCCAGCGGGUGGUGGCCUUCUGUGACUACGCGUACAACACCUUCCAGGCCACCACGGGUGGCGUGGUGCUGCGCCUGGCAAGGGGCGAGACGGUGUGGCUGGAGCCGACAGAGAAGAACUCCCUGAUUGGGGGGACAGAAGGAGCCGACAGCAUUUUCUCCGGGUUCCUGCUUUUCCCCGACAGCUAGAAGAACCCCCGAACGUGCUUUCUGCUUGCUUUCCACCCAGCUCUGCCAUCUGCAGCUGAGCUGGUCUGGCAAAUGCCGGCCAGGGAUGGCCCUUGGGGCCUGUGAGUGGCAGGCCGCCCUCUUUCAGCCCAGCCUAGCCACGAGAGGUGUCCAGCCACACGUGUUUUUAAUCAGCUCUCCGGUUUGGGUUUUGUUAAAUACGAGGCCUCUGUGCUGUCCUCAGAAAUAAAUAAAUGCUCAUUUACACUC